AUGUCAAACUCACAAUCAUCAGGUGCUGCUGCGCCAGUGAAUGUAAAGCCCGAGACGGGCUAUAUUCCUGGAGAUGAUACGUGGUCGCAAUUCAGCAAUAUCUAUAGAAUCCUGACGGGCAAGAUGACCUCCGAAGGAAUUAACGAGUUCCGCGUUGCUCGAGACAUUCGAAACGAAGCUUCUGAUAUCAAGCGAGUUGAAGGCCAGCGUGAUUACCUCCUCCAGUACACUUCCUCCGAAGGCCCCGUCAUCCGCUUCCUCAGCGAUAAUAUUCGACAACUAGGAGGCGAUCUCCACAGUCACAACAUUCACUGCCGUCGAUGCACGGACCGAAAGGGUGGUGGCUUCGAUCCUGAAUUCGGUAUCUUAAUCUGUGCCAAUGAAAUGAAGGACCAAGGACACUUGGAAGAUACACUAGCUCACGAAAUGGUUCAUGCCUAUGAUCACUUGCGGUUUAAGGUCAACUGGACAGACAAUCUGCGACAUGCAGCUUGUGCAGAGAUCCGGGCAAGUUCGCUUAGUGGCGAAUGCAGAUGGUCAAGAGAAUUUUUCCGUCGAGGACAAUGGAAGUUAACUCAACAGCAUCAAGAAUGUGUUCGGCGAAGAGCUGUCCUGUCGGUUAUGGCUCGACCUACCUGUAAAGAUCAGGCUCAUGCGCAACAGGUCGUGAAUGAAGUCUGGGACAGCUGCUUUCGAGAUACAAGGCCAUUCGAUGAGAUCUAUCGAUAG